AUGUUUAAAAGAUUUGCUAGAUUAGCAAUUUCACGUCCAGUAUUAUCUAGAGGAUAUGCUGCUUAUAAUCGUGCAAAACCUCAUGUAAAUGUUGGUACAAUUGGUCAUGUUGAUCAUGGAAAAACUACUUUAACUGCUGCAAUUACAAAAGUUUUAUCAGAAAAAGGUCAAGCAAAUUUCUUAGAUUAUGGUUCAAUUGAUAGAGCACCAGAAGAAAGAGCAAGAGGUAUUACUAUUUCUGCUGCUCAUGUUGAAUAUGAAACUGAUAAAAGACAUUAUGCUCAUUCAGAUUUACCAGGUCAUUCUGAUUAUAUUAAAAAUAUGAUUACUGGUGCUUCACAAAUGGAUGGUGCAAUUAUUGUUGUUGCUGCAACUGAUGGUCAAAUGCCUCAAACAAGAGAACAUAUGUUAUUAGCAAGACAAGUUGGUAUUCAAAAUUUAGUUGUAUUUGUUAAUAAAGUUGAUACUAUAGAUGAUCCUGAAAUGUUAGAAUUAGUUGAAAUGGAAAUGAGAGAAUUAUUAAGUUCUUAUGGAUUUGAUGGAGAAAAUACUCCUGUUAUUAUGGGUUCUGCUUUAUGUGCUUUAGAAAAUAAACAACCAGAAAUUGGUGUAAAAGCUAUUGAAAAAUUAUUAGAUGCUGUUGAUGAAUAUAUUCCAACUCCUGAAAGAGAUUCUGAUCAACCAUUUUUAAUGCCUGUUGAAGACGUUUUCUCAAUUUCCGGUAGAGGUACUGUUGUUACUGGUAGAGUUGAAAGAGGUAGUUUGAAAAAAGGUGAAGAAGUUGAAAUUGUUGGAGAAAAUUCAUUUAAAGCUACUUCUACUGGUGUUGAAAUGUUUAAAAAAGAAUUAGAUGCUGCUAUGGCUGGUGAUAAUUGUGGUAUAUUAUUAAGAGGUGUUAAAAGAGAUGAAGUUAAAAGAGGUAUGGUUUUAGCAAAACCAGGUACAACUAAAUCUCAUCAAAAAUUUUUAGCUUCAAUUUAUAUUUUAACUAAUGAAGAAGGUGGUAGAUCAACUCCUUUCAGUGAAGGUUAUAAACCACAAUGUUUUUUUAGAACAAGUGACGUUACAACAACUUUUACAUUCCCAGAAGGUGAAGGUGUUGAUCAUUCACAAAUGGUUAUGCCAGGUGAUAAUAUAGAAAUGGUUGGUACAUUAAUUAAAAAAGCUCCAUUAGAAUUAAAUCAACGUUUUAAUAUUAGAGAAGGUGGUAAAACUGUUGGUACUGGUAUGAUUACUAGAAUUAUUGAAUAA